UGUCUUUGGUCCAUAUAGUAUCUAUUCUAAUUACUUUUGUCAUGAACAGUAGUAAUAUUGAAUUACAGAACGCAACGCGACAUUAGGAGUGUGUGGAUAGUAGGAUAUGGAUGUGCACACUUGUGUCUGUCAGUUGUAAUAUGUUUGUCAGUGACAUAGUAACAUCAUCAUCGAGUAUUGGAUUCAAAGUUUGAACUCAACAUACCGUCCGUAUUCAUGGAUCGAAACGAUUAUUUACUCUUUACAUUUUAUAAAGUAAUAUAAAAACCGCAACAAGAAAGUCCAUGUCAACCCAAAAGCAACGAAAGCUUCAAAACACAUCAUACCAAAAAAGAAGGAAUCUUCACCUACUACAAAUACAAACCAAAUAAACACAAAAACAAUGUUAUAUUUAAUUUUUAAUACUUAUACCAAAAAAAAAGUCUGAUCUGAUGUGCUAAAUUUUUUUGAAACAAAAUACUACACAAUCAAUAAACAAAAAUGAAGAAAUUUUUUUAGAAAACAAAAUACUCGAAUAAAUACUGAAAUACUCGAAAAUGGUGGGCCCGUCAUCACAAAUAAGCAAAAUUCUACUUGCUGUGUUAUUAUUAGUAAUUAUAUUUUAUAUUUAUAUGGAUGUUCAAUUAUAUUUACGUAUACAAAAUUAUUCAUUGGAACGUACUUUCCAUGGUAAACAACCUGAAGAACAAUCUUCAACCUCAACAAAUUAUGUUACAAGUAUCUCAAUAUUAGCAAAUAAUUUAAAUCAAUCAGAGAAAUUAAAAUAUAGUGACGUCACUUGGCUAGGAUGUAACAUAACUCCAUUAUGUGAUGUGACAGUUAAAGCACUAUUACUUGAUCAUACCAAUCAUUAUUUAUUUAGUCCUGGUGCGACGAUUUUAGAUAACUUAUUAUCCAUAUCGGAAUCACAUUUAUGGAUAACACCAAAUUUAAUAAGCACAUUUCAUGUAUUUGUUGCAAUCAUUGCUGGUAAAUGUGUAUCCAGUGAUUCGUUGGUUUCAAGACGAAUUGGUGUGAUUUUAUUUGAAAUACGUACAUUUUUAGACGACUUAGAUGGACAUGUGGCUCGAGCACGUAAACACAUCAAAGGAGAAAGAUCUGAAAUUGGUACUAGUGGAUAUUACAUCGAUGGUUUAUGUGAUGCACUAGGAUGUAUCUCAUUGUUGAUUGGAAUUUUUGUUUAUUUAAAAAAUAAUCCACCACGUCGUGGCUAUGUCCAACUUCAAGCAAUCCUACCGACUGAUACCAAAUCCACCAAACAUAUUAACGAUGGUGUAAUUUAUAAAGCAAAAGUUACAACUAAAAAAGUGGCUCGAACGGUGGGCUGUUUUACAGCACAGUUAUUAUUAAGUUCAACGUUAUGGAAUCGUUACAUAGCGGUGUAUCAAGAUAUGUUAGAACGUGAUCAUAAUAUUACUUAUGUACAAUAUUUAAAACAAUUAAUUACAUUUAAAAGUUCAUUAUUCUUUUGUGUCGCUUGGUUAUGGCGUGUUGUUAAUGUACACAAUAUGAUGCACAUUUUGUUGUUAUCGAUGUUUUGUGAUAAAUUAUGGGAAUUUUUACGUUCUGUUCAAUAUAUUGGUUUUAUUAUAUUAAUAUGUGUUAUAUGUAUUACUGAAAUGCAUAUUUUAGAAGUGCAAAAUUAUAUUUUUAAUAAUUUAACUGGUUAUAAUUUACCUUUAUAAUAAAAAAUGUUUCUC